CUGCACACAGGAGACCUUGACUGUGCUGUGUGUGUGUGUGUGUGUGUGUGUGUGUCUUUAAAAGAUGCUCCACCCCCUCAGCCAGCCUCCUCGCAGUUGCCUCUGGGUUUUGCAGUUUCCAGAUUUCCUCAGCUCCCCCCCCCCCCAAGGAGCCAGCAUGGACAAUCUCCUUUCUAGUUUCAAAAGCAGGUUUGUUGUCCUGAAGGUCACAUUCUGAGCGGAGGAGGAGUGUAAAGGUAACCACUUGUUUUUUGUUUCAAAGAUCUGCCCCAAAGAUAGGCUGUUGCUCUUCUUCUGGAAAGCCUGAUCGGUAGGAUUCCUUCAGGGACUCAGCCCAAAGUGCUUCCUCUCUCAUUCCCUCACCAACUUCAAAACUAAAGCUUGCCUAGAACCUCUGGACGAAAACCGGCUGGAUUCCAUCAUUUCACACAAAUGGCUAAUCCUGGAGGUGGUGCUGUCUGCAAUGGGAAUCUGCACAAUCACAGGAAACAGAGCGACAGCCUGCAAAGUGGAAACUGCACGAAAAAUGGAAUAGUGAAAGAAGCCCAGCAAAAUGGGAAACCACAUUUUUACGAUAAGCCAAUUGUUGAAUCCUUUGAGGAAGCACCUCUUCAUGUUAUGGUUUUCACUUACUUGGGAUAUGGACUUGGAACCCUAUUUGGCUAUUUCAGAGACUUUCUGAGGAACUGUGGAAUAGAAAAGUGCAAUGCAGCCGUAGAACGAGAAGAACAAAAAGAUUUUGUGCCGCUUUAUCAAAACUUUGAGAACUUUUACACACGGAACCUGUACAUGAGAAUCAGAGACAACUGGAACCGGCCCAUCUGCAGCGCCCCAUCGGCUCUGUUCGACGUGAUGGAGAGGGUGUCAGAUGACUACAACUGGACAUUUCGGUUUACUGGAAGAAUCAUUAAAGAUGUGAUCAACAUGGGCUCAUAUAACUUCCUCGGCCUGGCUGCCAGUUAUGAUGAAUCUAUGAAGACAGUAAAGGAUGUUUUAGAGCAAUAUGGCUUAGGUGUGGCCAGCACCAGACAUGAAAUGGGAAGUUUGGAUAAACACAAAGAGUUGGAGAACCUUGUGGCUGAGUUCCUGAAUGUAGAAGCAGCUAUGGUCUUUGGGAUGGGAUUUGCAACUAACUCAAUGAAUAUCCCAGCACUAGUUGGAAAGGGAUGCCUCAUUUUAAGUGAUGAGUUAAACCAUGCAUCUCUCGUACUCGGGGCCCGACUCUCAGGUGCAACCAUAAGGAUCUUCAAACACAACAACAUGCAAAGCCUAGAGAAGCUCCUGAGAGAUGCUGUAAUCUAUGGCCAGCCUCGAAUCCGCAGAGCUUGGAAGAAGAUUCUCAUCCUAGUUGAGGGCAUCUACAGCAUGGAAGGUUCCAUCGUGAAUCUGCCCCAGAUCGUGGCUCUAAAGAAGAAAUACAAGGCUUACCUCUACAUAGACGAAGCUCACAGUAUUGGGUCCGUGGGCCCAACUGGCCGGGGUGUUGUAGAAUUCUUUGGACUGGACCCUCGAGAUGUUGAUGUGUUUAUGGGCACAUUCACCAAAAGCUUUGGAGCCUCAGGAGGUUACAUAGCUGGAAGGAAGGACCUUGUGGAUUAUUUACGAGUUCACUCACAUAGUGCUGCUUAUGCUACAUCCAUGAGCCCACCGAUAGCAGAGCAAAUCAUCAGAUCAAUGAAAUUUAUCAUGGGACUGGAUGGAACCACACAAGGGCUUCAGAGAGUACGGCAACUUGCAAAAAAUACAAGAUACUUCAGACAGAGACUGAACGAAAUGGGAUUCAUUAUCUAUGGCAAUGAGGAAUCUCCCGUCGUUCCCCUGCUCCUUUACAUGCCUGCUAAAGUAGCGGCUUUUGCAAGGCAUCUAUUAAAUAGAAAAAUCGGGGUGGUGGUCGUUGGAUUUCCAGCUACUCCCCUCGCAGAAGCUCGGGCUCGGUUUUGUGUUUCAGCAGCACAUACCCGGGAGAUGCUAGACACGGUUUUGGAAAACCUGGAUGAAAUGGGUGAUCUCUUGCAACUGAAGUAUUCCCGGCACAAGAAGUCAGCGCGCCCUGAACUCUAUGAUGAGACAAGCUUUGAACUGGACGAUUAAGUCUCCUGGUCCUGAAUUGCACCUAAAGACUUUGCCAGAAAGACCUCCCUCCCUGACUCAAAAGGAACAUAAAUGGAUUUCUCCCCCUUUCUAAGGACAAUUUUGGUUUCUGAACCAGCUGAAUUGAACUGAAGGAAAUGUCAUGUUUUUAAUGUCUCCAAUCCGGAACUGCAAAGACAAAAAUAUGGUUCCAGAUUUUAACUUUUCUCCUCAUCCAAGUAUCCUGCUACAAACACAUGCACACGCACGCAUGCGCACACAUGCACAUACACACACUCACACAUACACACACACACACACACACACACACACACACACACUUCCUAGAACAUUUUUAAUGGCAAUGAGCCUGUGUUUUAGCUGCUACUGUGCAGCCUCUUUGGUCCAGACUCUUUCAGGCAUUCCAACCAAAUGAGAGGGUUUUGAUUUUUAAUUCAGUAGAUUCUCACUCUGUGUUUACUUAUUUCAUCUGCAGACAUGAGCAGAGGUGGUGGGCAGUAGCUGACCUCCUUGUUUCACCCAUGAAUGCCCCAGCUAGAACUCAUCUGUAUCAUGGGGAGCUCCAGGCAGGAGGGUAAAGAAAUAUUGCUUCUACCAUUUGCCACAUUUGGACUUUUUCCAAGGACAAGUGUCAAAAGCCAUAGUUAACGUUUGGAGGAAGAGAGCAGAAUCGGCCAGCAGUGACUAAAGACGUCUUUGAAGGAAACUUUUCUUUUCCUCUCGCUGGUCUCCUACAGUUUUACAGCUGAGCUUUUGAGGUUUGGAAAAUCCAAGACUUUUGUUUCGUAAGGAAGGGGGCAGAAAGCAAACACAAGCCAAUUUUAGGCCUAGACUAAAACUGUAAUGUUAUAGCAACUGGAAGGUUGUCUGUGCCAUGUGGAGUGAAUGUUUAGCUUGCGAACAUAGCCCUUAUUACUUUAAGGAAUGAGUUGUCAUUUUCCUAUUAAAUUUUGAGUAAAUGGUGAGAUUCAAUUUCCUUUAGAGUUGACUCUCAAGACUAUACUUGAAUGUAUUGAUUCAAAAACAACA